AUGAUUUACUCUGGCGAGAUAGAGAAUGGCCAGAUGCAUGGUCGUGGGUGCCUUCAAUACCCGAAUAAUGAGACUUACGAUGGUGAAUGGGUUUUUGGUAAGCGCCACGGUCAUGGAGUAUACACAUACGUUGAUGGUAGCCGCUAUGAUGGAGAAUGGGUGGAGGACAGAGUGCAUGGAAGGGGAACAUGCUACUAUGCCAGCGGAAACAAAUACACCGGAGAUUGGGCUUUUGGUCGAAUCAAUGGCCGAGGUGUCCUGGAAUAUCACGAUGGGGAUCGCUACGAGGGGGACUGGAAGGAUGGACGCAUGCAUGGCAAAGGCGCCUACUGUUACUCGAAUGGUGACAGAUACGACGGCGAAUGGAAAGAUGACAAACGCCACGGUAAAGGUGUUGUUGUUUACGCAGCUGCCGAUGGUUCUGUUUCUGAGAAAUAUGACGGUGAAUGGAUGGAUGGCCGCAUGCAGGGAUGGGGAAAAUACUUUUACGCGGAUGGUGGCGUUUAUGAGGGUGAAUGGAAUGACGGAAGAAUGCAUGGAAGAGGAACGUACGUCUUUCCAAAUGGCAACAGAUAUGAGGGUGAAUGGGUGGAAGACAGAAAACACGGUUAUGGCAUUCUCGUGUACGUCAAUGGGGAGCGGUAUGAGGGGUACUGGCAAUUUGACCGAGCCCAUGGUAAAGGAACCUUGAUGUACCUUCAAGGUGAUCGCUACGUUGGAGAGUGGUCUAAUGGGAAGAAACAUGGCCGAGGAGUUCUCACGUAUAGUAAUGGUGACAUAUACGAUGGUGAGUGGCGUGACGACAACGCGUCGGGUUAUGGUGUUCUUGAGUACGCAAAUGGUUGCCGGUAUGAGGGUGAGUGGGAGGAGGACCACCGACACGGCCAAGGUGUCCUCCACCUUCCUGAUGGCUCCAGCUACGAAGGGGGAUUUUUCCAUGGUAAAAAAGAGGGUAAUGGCCGAAUCAUACUCAAGGAUGGAUCAAUUUAUAUCGGCACAUGGAAGGAUGGAAAUAUCGUGGGACAAGGUGAGUUCAGACUCUCCGAGAGUUGUGAUCUCAGCAAUCCAGACUACUGA